GCAGCAGAGGCUGGAGAGCAGCUCGUCUCCCACAGAGGUAAGACCGGAGGAGAGUGACUUUACCAGGGACACAGAUGACGAUUUUGAUAUGCGCCACUUGUGCGUAAAACCCUGGCACCGUCUCCAGAGCGCGCAGGAAGCACCGAGAGGAAACACCACCACCCAAAUCAUUAAAAAACAUCGUUAACCUUCUCGUGGACACGUCCAAUUUUUAAACACUCUUUUAAAAACAUUUUUAAAAAUUUGGAACCGGAGGAAGAGAGAAUCGGAGGAAGAGUGGAAGGAAAUCUUGUGCUAGGACCGUCCCAACAUCGGAAGACAGAAUAUGAUUUUCACGCCGACUUCAUGAAGGAAAACUUAGGGAAUUAAUUCGAGUGGAGACAAAGUAUCAAAUGUUUUUAAAUAAUUGGAAAAUCAACCCUGAAACUAAACUGAUAGAUGUUGAGUGAGCAUGAAGCAGAGCCUCAGAGCGUUUUCACAUCAAGGACACUCCACAUUUCAGAUCCACAUUUCACCGCGGACUAACCCUCCUAGAGUGAGAAUUUUUCGGAGAAAAACCAUUUGACAGAAUUAUUAUUUAUGCAUAUGAUUUCCUUACAUCAUUCUGUAACUGUCUAGUAAGCAUUGAGGUAAGAGUGCACAGUUUACAUAAAUUCUUGCAUGUACUGUCUUUUUCAUCCAGAAACUGAAACAGAGAAAUUACUGACCCUAUUUUAAAUAGUGGACCUGCUGUUACCUUCUCAGUAACAUGCUGUUUUUCCACUGACCUCCAAUUGGGAACUGUUGCUCUAAAUACUGGUCUCUUCUAUAUUGUCUGCUAGUGGUCAGAGGCCAAGCUCCUCACUAAUGAUGUAAUUGAGAGUGGUCCCACUUUAACUUAACCUGCCCAACUUUUUAGGCUCUAUGCCAAUUUACUGAUGUAUCCUAUGUGAGAAGAUGUCUAAAAAUGAAGACAAAUAAAAUAUUUUCCUCUAUCUUGAAUUCCCUCCAAUGCUCAGAGACUCUUAGUUUGCCAACGUCCGUAUAACUUUCUCUUCAAACAUGGAGAAUGUGUCUAUCCCCAAUGGUGCACCACCAGUCUGUAAUGACUCUGUGGACUUCUACUCCCUCACGACAGGAAACCUCACUGACCUGAACUGCACUCCUCCUUACUUCUACGCUGACCUGUAUGUAAUUUUACCGGUUAUCUACUCUGUAAUCUGCGCAGUGGGAUUGACAGGUAACACGGCUGUCAUCUAUGUGAUCCUCAAAGCCCCCAAGAUGAAAACAGUAACCAAUAUGUUCAUCCUGAACUUGGCCAUUGCAGAUGAUUUGUUCACUUUGGUGUUGCCAAUCAAUAUAGCCGAACACUUGCUUCACUACUGGCCUUUUGGUGAGGUUUUGUGCAAAGUCAUCCUUAGCAUUGACCACUACAACAUCUUCUCCAGUAUCUAUUUCCUGACAGUUAUGAGCAUCGACCGCUAUCUGGUUGUUUUGGCCACAGUGAGGUCUAAGCGCAUGCCUUACCGCACCUACCGUGCAGCCAAAAUCAUUUCAUUAUGUGUCUGGAUCCUCGUUAUCCUCAUUGUCAUGCCUUUCACUGUUUUUGCUGGUGUCUACGUCGACCCAAAUGAUGGGAGGAAGAGCUGCGUGCUCAGUUUCCCCAGCCCUGAGAGGUUGUGGUUCAAAGCGAGCCGGAUCUACACACUCAUCCUGGGCUUCGCCAUUCCAGUCUCAACCUUCUGCAUAUUAUACACCAUGAUGCUCUACAAGCUGAGGAACAUGCGACUCAACAGCAAUGCCAAGGCGCUGGACAAGGCCAAGAAGAAAGUAACCAUCAUGGUGUUUAUUGUCUUGGCCGUCUGCUUGUUCUGCUGGACUCCGUUCCACCUCAGCACCAUCGUGGCUCUGACGACGGACUUGAGGACCACACCACUGCUGAUUGGGAUCUCAUACUUCAUAACCAGCCUGAGCUACGCCAACUCCUGCCUCAACCCGUUCCUCUAUGCGUUCCUGGACGACAGCUUCAGGAAAGCCUUCAAGAAGAUGUUGGAAUGUAGACCUGCCUGAAUGUACCAUAGUACCACACAUGAAACCUGUUGCAAAGGUCUACAAAGACUUACUGAGUGAGGACAGACUGUGAUGGAAAAAUUAGAUGGGAAGGAUUGAAUCAAAUCAAAUCUGAAUUCCUCUGAAUUGAUUUGAUUGGUUUGUUAAAGCUGCACUAGGCAAUUUUGCACAUUGUUUGCACAUGAUACAUUUUAUAUAUCUUUAAUAUAUAGAAAGCAUGUAAAAUUAUUCCUUUAAACUGCACACAAUGUAACAUUCACGUUAAUGAGACUAUAAAUCCUUUAAACACACACACAGUAAACCAGAACAUUUGUGAGUUCAGAUUCAUCUAGACAGAGAGCUGUCUGAGUGUCACUUGAGUUUAAAUGAAUCACUUCCUGUGGUUGGAGAACUUGUGCAGGCACACUUCAGUCUAAUGCAUUUUAUGAGGGAAAAGAUUAUUUUCUUUGUCACAGCUGGACUGUUUGUAUUUUUACAGAAUUUGCCUAGUGCAGCUUUGUAUGGCUCUAAAAGCAAAGUGAGAGAUGUUGACAGAAAUGGGCAAUAUAGCUUGACAUAGGGAUUGAUAUUGACAUAGGCAUCGAUUCUAACUUUGCUUAACCAGUUCUUUUGAUUACACAAGACAAUAAUGGUAUUAAAAACCAAAAGCAUGUUAUACUGGACAUCUGCUAUGUGAAAAAAAAUACAGUUAAACACAAUGUCAGUGACUUGCAUUGUGUCAGUUAAAUCAAUGUCAUGAGAAUUUUCAGGGUUUAAGGGUAACAGGAUGCAUGUCAGGGCAAUACAGAUAUUUGUUCAUAAAUUGUUACAAAAUUGGUUGGAUGACUUGAGAAUUUUUUGUGAUCAUGUAUGCAAACACUUAAUCUGCCUUUAAAUGAUGCUGUGGUGUUUUGAGCAAAGUAAUCUCAAAAGAACCAAAUGAUACAUUUUGGGGAUUACCUGAGGUUUUAGACUUCUGUUUGUCAGGUAAACAAGCAGGUUGCAGAGGUCAAUUUGCUAAAUAUCACCUGAACAAUGAAUAAAAUGAUAGAUUGUUUAAAUGAUGGCGCUGCAUAGAUGAAGAAUGAAGUUCUGGUAAACAUUGUUUUUCCAGAAUGUAUAUGCAGCAUUUAAGAAAUAAAAAAGGAAGCUUACCAACCCUGACAACAGCACUUAAUACAGGCUUGGGGCAGGAGGGCUAUGUAAAGUGUAAUGUGCAUUGUAAUGUGCGUUUCUCUUCAUGUCAUUUUUUUUGUGUGCUCUAGUCGCCCCCUGUUGUCAACAGGGGGGUGUUACCUGAAACUGCAGUCAGACAUUUGGUGCAAAGACACCACUUUAAAAACAUUAUGUACAAUUUCCCCUUUUUUUCCAUGGAUAUUAGUGAACAUGGUAUCUGAUGUAUAAUUUCCACCUCAUAAUGAAGUCAAUUCUCAGAUGUAAAGAUUUUAAAUAUUAUCUGCAAUCCAUUGAGAUUUACAAACAUACUGUGCAAAAUUAGCAUCUAUUUCCAUUUUGUGUCCUUGAAUCACAGUUCAGAGUUUAGUUUGCGCAGCUUAAAUCACAAAGUCAAUGCAAACUUAUGUAUUUUAUGUGCAAAGGGGAAAAAGAGGGGCUUAUUUGAAGCAUCACUAUGUAAAGCAUGAUAUCAAUCAAAGAAGAUACAUGUAGGUAAGACAAAAAACAUUUCUAUGCUUAAGAGUUUAAAUAUGAUUUGAUAAGAUUAUUUAUUUACAGUGGUAUUCCUAAAUGUGGUUGUUUGCUGGGCAUUUGUAGGACUUGUUGACUUGAUGCAUUUACAUGAUGCAUGCAUAUAUUUAAAAAUUGUAAUUAAAUAAUGAUUUAACAGUUUGACCAUCAUGUAAUGUGUCUGAAGCUUCCUCUGGGUGCUUAAAAGUUGCACGCAAGGGAAUUACAUACUCAAAUUUACUGUUGAAAGGUUUCUAGACAAGCAAAAAUUCCCAAGAGUAAGAGUCCUGGCACAAGAUCUAUUUUCUAGUAUAAACUCUUAAUUUCAACUUAAAUUUUACUGUAAUUUUCUUUUAAGGCUGCACCAUUCUAUCAAACAGAAACAACUUGCAUGAUGCAUUUUACUAGAAUAUAUCCUAUAUAUCUGGUGAAUUGAGAUCUAAAAAAUCCUUGCUUGUCCAAACAACACAAGUUUAUAAAGAGGGUUGUAUAGGCUGCAAAAAGUAUUGUGUUCAAUGAUCCAUUUUGAUGAUUCAUAUUCUGUUAGAGAGGUUUCUGUCUUCAGUGUAGUACAAUUUAACAAUAAAUAAUAUUAUAGUGUAACAAAAGACAAUUUUACAUACUAUUCUCUUUUAAACAUUAUAAAUCAUUACACACUAUACCAGUGUGAUUCAUUUAAGCAUCUGAUGACUAUAAAUUCAGCAAAACGUUUUUACUGUUGUAGAUGACAUCAGCUUGCAGCAGCAGCUCUAUACUGUGUGUCCUACUGUAAAUAGCUCAUUUAACUGUACAAAGGGAUGUAUAGUGAAAUCAUGAUAAAAAAAAAAAGUCUUGUUAAAAUUUGAGUUGAAGAUUAUAAAUCAUUGUCUUGUAUGCAGCCUGUAAUAAGAAUCACAACUCAUUUAUUUGUGCAUUUUAGAAGUCUUUCAUGUCUGUCAAUACCUGCAAAUGACUUGAUAAAUCUAAGUUUAUUUUCCCACUGGUA